GGUAGAAGCUUAACUUCAACGAGAAGGAAAUACAAUGAGUGUAGACUUGCAAGAUCCUGGAUAUGUGAGGACGAUAGAAUGGGAGAUGAUGGACAAAACCAAGUUCUUUCCCCUUAGUAUGCUUAGUUCUUUUUCUGUUAGAUGCAGUUUGUACCCCUUAACAUUAAUAAAAACGAGACUUCAAGUCCAGAAGCAUGAUAGUAUGUACACAGGUUUGAUCGAUGCAGGAUGCAAAAUCUACAAAAAAGAAGGUUUUUCAGGAUUGUACCGAGGGUUUUGGGUUAGUUCAGUUCAAAUAGUGUCUGGUGUAGCCUACAUUGCAACUUAUGAAAGUUCAAGGCACUUCCUUAAGCAACAUGAUGUGUCUCCGACAGUACGAGCAUUAAUUAGUGGUGCAGUUGCUUCCCUUGUUGGACAAACUAUUAUUGUUCCAUUUGAUGUGAUUUCACAACAUCUUAUGUUUUUGGGUGUUGCUGAUUAUCGGGAUGGUGGGAAGGUUGUACUGAGCUCCUUGGGUUUGACAAUUGAUCCUACAAGAUCUAAAUUUCGCACUACCAUUGAUAUAGCACAAAUAAUUUAUCAAACGGAUGGAUUUAAAGGAUUCUACCGGGGAUAUUUUGCUUCAGUUUGUACAUAUGUUCCUAAUAGUGCUCUUUGGUGGAGUUUUUACCAGCUAUAUCAAGAUGAGCUGGCCAAAUUGUUUCCUUCAAAUUUCUCUCAUUUACUCAUUCAAUGUAUUGCUGGAACACUAGGUGGUUUCACUACUACAUUUAUAACCAAUCCUAUGGAUACUAUCAGAGCCCGUCUCCAGGUUCAAAGGACAAAUUCUAUAUUAAAGACUUUCCGUUGUCUGUGGUUAGAGGAAGGUAUUUGGAUGUUUUCAAAAGGGUUGUCAGCACGUCUUGUUCAGUCAGUUUGCUUUAGCUUUUCUAUUAUCCUUGGAUAUGAAACAAUCAAAAGGGUAUCAGUACGACAAGAAUACAAGGACAGAGUUAAAUGGAUAUGAAAAGAUCACGGUCCUGUCAUCCUUUGGCUCAAAGUUCAUCGGCAGCAUUUUUGGAUUGACCUUGCCACUCAAAAAAGCCAUUGUUUUGGAAUUGUACACAACAAAAACUCUGUAAAUAAAACAAACGUGCAAAAAUAAUUCAUUCAUGAAAAAUGUAAAAUAUAUGGUUUGUAUGUAGUAGAUAUUUGAAUUUGUAAUUAUUUCCAAUAGAACAGUACUAAAAAUAUAGUUUGAUAGUAAUGGUAUACCUUCAUUGUAAAUUUUUAGUACCUUGUAUUUAUAUAGCUACUGUG